AUGUGUUUACUUGGCAUUGUGGAGGCUGAUUUACUAACAAAACGGUCGGAUUCAUCUAGAUUGGGCAGAAUCGGAGAUGGAAGUCCUGGAACAGGAGGCACCUACCAAACCACCCUGACCACCCUCCUCUCCUCCAUCUCCACCACCAACCCCUUGUCCCUCUCCUACGGCUUCUUCAAUGCCUCCACCGCCGUCUCCGGCGCCUCCCAAACCUUCUACGUCUUUGGCCUCUGCCACGGUGACUUAACCGCCAAGAGCUGCCGCGCCUGCCUUGAUGUCUUGGCCUCUGACAUCAGCCGCCUCUGCCCCUUCCAGAAGAAGGCACUCCUCUACACUGGGAGCUGCAUCAUCCGGAACUCAGACGCCUCGUUCUUCGGCGCAGUCGUGACAGACCUCAUGUACGUGGCGAGAACCUCCGACAAUGUCUCGAGCCGAUACACUUACGCAGCAGCAAUGACGAAGCUGCGAGAACCUGCAUGA